CAUGCUACGUGUUUUUACUUUUCAUUUUACAUUAUCCACGUCCCCACCCCCACACUCCUUCCUGCCCACGCCCCACCCUGUACCAAUAUACUUUCCCAAUUCCUCUAUGUACCGACAAAGAAAACUGUAAGAGUUAAUAGAAUAUUUGGCAUCAUCGGUUCUUGGUGAUUAUUGUUAUACGAUGCCUCCUAAGGGUAGAAAUUGUCGUCGAAGUUUACCUCCUGACUUCCUUAGCAACCUUCCUGAUAAUGUAAUCGACCUCAUUUUGAUUUGUUUGCCUUGUAAAGAUGCCGUGAGAACAAGCAUCUUAUCGAGGAAAUGGAGGUAUAAUUGGUGUAGACGUACAGAGUUGAUGCUUGAUGCAUCUCCAUGGAUAUCACAGAUGGACCCUACAAUCAAAUUUACAAAUACUAUCAACCAGAUUAUGACGCUUCACGAAGGACCAGUUACUAAGUUUACCCUCGACGUUGGUUCUCUCAAAAGUUGUCCUGAUAUUGACAACUUCAUAAAUUUUCUCUUUAGGAAUGGCAUUCAACAUCUUGUUCUUCGACUUCCAUCAGUUCAAUGGGGUUACAUAUACAAAGUGCCUUCUUCACUUUUCACAUGUUUGCAGUUGAGGCAUCUAUCUCUUCAUCAUUGCUUAAUACAUCCUCCGUCGGUCCUUCAAGGGUUUCACAAGUUAAUCAGCCUGGAACUAUUUAGAAUCUCAGUUUCUUCUGAAUUGCUUGGAACUUUGAUAUCUCUUUGCCCGUUGCUUGAGCAGUUGGCGCUGGAAAUCAUAGAAGUUUUAAAUAUAAUUGAAAUUAAUGCCCCCAUGCUGAGAUCCUUUGAUUUCAAAGGCUGCAUAAGUUCUAUCUGUCUAAAGAAUGUCCCCUGUUUGGCAAAAAUAUCUCUGAUAGGUGAGGAUUCUUAUGAGGACAUGGAGAAUUUCGAUUUGGCAGAGUUUUUCGAGUCUUGUUAUGCUCUUGAGCACCUCCUCUUCAACUUCUUUAAAAGUCAGCUCCUUGAUGAUGCUCUAGAUGAAGCACCAACAAGGCUUCCCUUUGAUCUUAACCAUGUCAAACAUUUUCACCUGCCAAGAAUUGAGCUGGUGGAAUCAUAUGGGUUGUCAUGUGCUCUUUGCUUGAUAAGAAGCUUUCCAUAUUUAGAAUAUCUUGAAGUUGGGGUUUACCUUGAAGAAGAUAAUGGUAUUGUAGAAUCCCUGGAACUUGAAUGGUUCUCCAAUGUGACAUUUAAUCAUCUCAAGGAAGUUAAGUUAGAACGCUUUACAGGAACAAUGCCUGAGCUGCAGCUUAUCGAGCUUUUCUUAGCUAAGUCCCCGGUGUUGGUGAGAGUGCUAAUUGAUACAUGGCUUCUAGAUGGUGAGGAUCCUGACAUAAUGUUAAAUGCAUCAACAGAGCUAUCAAACUAUUAUCUUGCAUCACCUAAAGCAGAAAUAGUCUACAUUAAGUAGUAUAACAAAUGUCGAUGUAGUAGUAUAUAUGAUACUAUGUUUUGCCUUGCUGUAACAAGAUAGAGAGACUAGUGACAGAAUUUUUUAAGGCCAUAUGAUGGACGGUUUGGGUUGAAAGAAAUGAUAGAACUGUUGAAGGCCAUAGGAGAAAUUUACAGUCUUAAACAAAGAUGUCUUAUUUUGCUAGCUUUUUGGUGCAACCUGGUUAUUGUACAGGAUGUUCAUGUAAUUUUAGAUACAAUUUGGGAAUUUGGGAUCUGUACGAUAUGAAGCUAUGUUUUAUCGCACUGGCUUAGUGCAAGCAUUUAUAAAAUCUUUGAUUACUUAUCAAAAAAAAAAAAGAAAAAAGAAAAAGAUAGAGAGACUAGUGAACACUAUCUGUUUGGGAAAUGAGCAUUCUGGAUGGAUGAUUUGAUUAGUUUGUAUCACUCCCCUUCACCCAACUUUGUUUUA